GAGCUGUCGGGGCGCGAGGCCGGGGGGUGGGUGUCUCUGGGGGGGGCUCCAGCCCAGCUCCUCCUACCUCCUGUGGGUGAGAGGCUGCAACAGUCAGGCCUGUGUGGAGAGUCAGCCUGCUGCUGCCACCAUGGCCCCUGCAGCUCCAGAGGGAGUGCUGCCCCCCAGACUGGAGCGUGCCGGCCCUGCCAGCCUGCUGGUGUCCUGGGCCCCCCCGGGCCAAGCCAACGCCCCAGAGCUGGUCCGCUACACACUGCUGAUGAGGCUGGCCCCCCACGGACCUCUGCUCCAUCUUCUGGAGAACGUGAGCAGCACCUACAGCUACACAGUGGAGGGUGUGUCUCCCCACACAGAGUACCUGCUCAGACUGGUGGCCUCCAACACACACGGACACACAGCCAGCCGCUGGACCAGCCUACGCACUGCUGAGGACGCUCCAGGGCCUGUUGACCCCCCCGUGGUGUCACAGCUCCACCCCAGGAACGCCACCCUGUCCUGGGCCAGCCCUAGCCAGCCCAACGGGGUCAUCACUCACUACACUCUGUACCUACACUCCAUCCUUCCUGCUAACCAAUCAGACCUCAGCACCACAUUGCCUACCUUGACCUCUCACCAAUCAGGUCCUACCACCACACAGUCAACCCUGGUUGCUGGCCAAUCAGGCCUCAACCCACCCCUGCCUACUAACCAAUCAAACUUGAAUACUACCCGGACCAUUGACCAGUCUGGUGGCAACACAUUUGUACCUGCUUCCCCCUCUGGCACCAACCCCAGCCAGCUUUCCACUACCCCCCUCGGAACACACCCCACCCACAACACCACCCAGACAGCCCGUGUCCAUGGUAACACAACCCAAUACACUUUCCUCCACCUCCAGCCCUAUCAACUGUACGGCCUGCAGGUUGAGGCGUGUACCCAAGCAGGGUGCUCUCUGUCUGGGGCGUCCCGGCCCCUGCGCACCCCCCCUGCUCCACCAGAAGGGGUCCCGGCCCCCCAGCUCUACUCAGACACCCCCACCUCAGUCCUGCUCUCCUGGGGGGCACCCCAAAAGCCCAACGGACCCCUGGAGGGCUGGGUGGUAGAGAGGAGGGUGUUUAGGACCCAGCAGGUCUCCCAGGUGGGUCGGGUCCCGCCGGGACCGGUUCCCCUCUCCUACCAGGACAGCUCGUCGGCGCUGAGCCCUUGGACCUCCUACCAGUACCGCCUGCUGGCCCAGACUCAGGCUGGCACCGGCACCGGGCCCUGGAGCUCCGUCACCACCAGACCCUCUCGUCCCGCCGGGCUCAGCCCACCCAGGGUGCUCAUCUUGGGGCCAGACUCGCUGGAGGUAAAAUGGAUUCCACCACUAAUCGCGAACGGAGAGAUCGACCGCUACGAGAUCCGACUCCCAGAGCCUCGUGUCUCCCAUACUGAAGCAGCGGCCCUGAUCGCCACGGUGACCGACCUGGUUCCGUACACCAACUACAGUGUGACGGUGCUGGCCUGCUCCUCUGGUGGCGGCCAUGUUGGAGGCUGCACCGAGAGCCCGCCCACUCUGGUGACUACAUUACCCACAGUGCCGCAGGGCCUGAGCCCGCUGGUGGUGGUGCCAAUCAGCGAGUCCUUCUUGGCCAUAUCCUGGCAACCACCCUCCAGGCCCAGCGGACCCAACAUCAGCUAUGAGUUGCGGAGACGUAGAAUGCUGCAGCCCCUGGCCCCCCCGCGCCCCCCCCAGACCCCGCCGGCCCGCCCAGAUCUCUGGCUCUCUGUGUACACGGGCCCCGAAUUGUUCCACGAAGAUAAGGGCCUUAGCAGGUUUACCUGGUACCAGUACCAGCUGGUGGUCCACAACCAGGUGGGCAGCAGCUCAGGGGAGGAGGUGACAGGGGUGACCCAGGCAGGAGUGCCCCUCCGUCCCCCCGCCCUCUCCGCCUGGCCUCUUAACCACACCCAUGUCCUGGUCAACUGGACCGAGCCUUCUUUACAGGACCUUCAGGGCAGAGUGGAGCUCCACACAGUCACGGUCAUCUCCUCCGAUCUUGAGGAGCGAACUUUGACCUCUCCCCCAGGGGUCGUCUCCAUGGUGAUAGGCGACCUGCGGCCCAGCACGCACUACAGGGUCUCCCUCCAGGUGUUCAACGGAGCCCACAACAUCUCCAGCCCCGAGGUCCUUGUCCUCACAGCAGACGGAGAGCCUGAGGGAGUGUGUGUCCCGGAGGUAGUGCCAGUGAACAGCAGUGCCGUGCGAGUCCUGUGGUCUCCUCCCCUGUCUCCCAACGGUGCCAUCACCAGCUACGCCAUCUACCUGGACGGGCAUCGCCGUGGCAACGCUGACAACACCUCCGGGUCGUACCUGCUGGGAGGGCUGCUGCCAUUCACUGUCUACGAGAUACAGGUGGAGGUGUGCACUGUAUAUGCAUGUGUGAAGAGCAACACUACCCAGAUGACCACAGUAGAGGACCUCCCUGUUGACAUCCCCCCACCACACACACACGUGCUCAGUCCCAGGUCAGUCAGGCUAGCGUGGUCGUCCCCUGGCCGUCCUGGGGGGGUCAUGUUGGGGUACGAGGUGCUGAGAACGAUCCUUCGGCCCUGUGGGGGACCAGGGGCGGGGUUGACGCCCCAGGGAGGCCAGGGGUCAGAGGUCAUGUGCUCCUACCUGCAGUGCUCCACCCAGCAGGGUGUCUGUGGGACGGCCUGCUACCAGCCUGACACACAGGUGUGCUGUGGGGGUGUGGCCUACAACAGGGCUCACCCCCACCUGUGCUGUGAGGGGCGUUACCUGCUCUCUCCUAACUCCUCCCACACCGCGUGCUGCGGGGGGAGGCUCCUCCCACCCCUCCCCAACCACCAAUGCUGCGGAGGAUACUACGUUGUCGUAGCUUCUGGAGAGAUGUGCUGCCCAGACCCUGAGCAGGGCCGUGUGGCGGUGGGUGUAGGGGAUGCUUGCUGUGGGGGGGUCCCCUUCUCCCAGGCUGGGGGGCAGCUGUGCUGUGGGGGAGGGCUCCACGACGGCUACGGCUCUCAGUGCUGUGGGGGCCGUCUCGUACCAGACUCCCUGGUCUGCUGUGAGGGGGCCGAGGGAAGCUCCACACACACUCCUGCUGCAGGUCUUCUUUGCUGUGGUGAAGACUACGUCAACUCCUCCACCACGCUGUGCUGUGUCGGCCAGGAUGGCUCUCCCACAAUGCACCCUGCUGGAAACGCCACGGUGACCCUACAGUGCUGCGGGUCAGAGGUCAUAAGACAGGAAGAGGAAUGCUGUAACGGCGUGGGCUACGACCCCCGCAGACACGUGUGUGCGGACCGCCCAACACCCGGACUGCUUCUACAGGAGGGGUGCAGAACCAGCGCUCUGUGUCCCAUAGCUGCCGCUUCCACCUCCUACUGUGGGUCAUGUGACCUGGACCCUUCUGAAGCCGUCUGCACCUGGGUCCACGACGCACGCACACCGUCACACACGUCCACGCACGCACCUGUGCAAGCACGCGCCGCCUUACGCGCACCUACGCAGCACACAGCACGCAACACCUUGUACACGACUCCCGCCACACGCUCUCUCCUAACGGCUGACACACACCAGAACACACCCCUGUCUCAACACUCGGAGCCCACCCUCUGCCCCUCCCAUGACGAUGUGGUCUACAGUGGUGGGGCCAACAGAUACAGCUACACGGACUCUGAUCUGGAGCCCUACACCAGCUACCAGUACAGAGUUAGAGCUUGGAACAGCUUUGGGCGAGGCUCCAGCCCCGUUACCACGGUGACCACCAAUGAGGACGUGCCGUGGGGAGUGUCCCCACCCCGCUGGAAUCGCCUAGGUGACCGUGAUGACAUCAUACAGCUACACUGGCAAGCUCCAGCCAAGCCCAAUGGUGACAUAACCCACUAUGUGAUCCUGCGUGACGGACAGGAGCGUUACCGCGGUGACGAGACCACAUUCACAGACGUGGGCGGAAUACGUCCCUUCCAGGAGUUCCGGUACAAACUACGGGCAUGCAACGCUGCCGCCGGCUGCACUGACAGCCUGGAGGUCUUGGCAGUAACAGUACAGGGGGUUCCAGAGGGGGUCCGUUCUCCCACAGUAACAGCUCUGGGUCCAAGGUCGUUAUGGUUACACUGGUCCGUCCCUUCCAAGCCCAACGGUGUGGUUCGCCUCUACCACAUCAACCAGACCGGCACCGGAACCAUACACACACACACACAUGGAGACAGGAACCACACUAUCACAGAGUUGCAGCCCUACUCUGACUACAGCUUUGUAGUAGUGGCCUGUACCGUAGUGGGCUGUGGGUCCAGCCAACCAGCAACGGGACGCACUCUGCAAGAUGCUCCCACAGGGGUGUGGUCCAGACCGGAUCAUGUGGUUCUGAACUCCUCAGCAGUACAGUUGUUCUGGUCCGCUCCGCUUCGUCUUAACGGCCAGCUGACCCGUUACCGGCUGCUGCGUGACGGUGCUCCCGUUUACACCGGUGACCACCGGGCCUCGAAUUACACUGACUCACACCUGCAGCCCAACAGCAGGUAUGUGUAUGAGUUGGAGGCCAGCACUGGGGGUGGAGCUGGUUUGAGUGACAGGUACAUCGUCCAGACACCGGUCUCCUCCCCUCUGGGAAUCCCACCCCCCUAUAAUAUCACUGUCUCCGGCCCUCACUCUCUCUUUGUCUCGUGGGCACCCCCAGCCCAUUUCAACACCAGCCAGCCAAUGAACUACAACAUCCUGUUGAGCCUAGGAAGUGACCCGGUGAUUAUGCGAGCGGCGGGGGGGAACCAGCACCUCAGUGUGGCGGAUCUAGAGCCCUUCACCACCUACAGAGUCAGAGUGCAGGCCUGCCAGUCUGAGGGCUGUGGGGUGGGGGAGGGGGUGUCUGUGCGGACCUCAGAGGACCCCCCUGAGCAGCUGGACCCCCCCUCAGUACGGGCAGUAGGACCCAGGGUCAUGGAGGUGAUCUGGGUCCCACCUCGCAAACCCAACGGGCUCAUCACUUCCUACUUCAUACACAGACGACCAAUGGGAGCGCAGGAGGAGUUGCUGGUGUUUAUCUGGUCCAGUGGAUUGUUAGAGUUCAUUGAUGCAAGUGACGCCCUGCAGCCCUUCAGCCAAUACCAGUACAGGGUUCUCGCCCACAACUCCAGAGGUUCCUCCCACAGUAAAUGGACCACAGCCACUACCUUGGAGGCAGAGCCAGAAGGCAUGGCUCCUCCCACUGCAACUCCUACUGGUGCCUACUCAGUGCAGCUGAACUGGGCUGUUCCAGAACAACCCAACGGUCUGAUAUCUCAAUACCGUCUGCUCUACAGGAAACACCAUCCAGACCCCACACUCAACACCUCCACCAUUACUGCCCUGACUGUAACGGGAGGUGUGUUGAGGGCCAGUGUGUAUGGUCUGGACCCCUACAGUGAGUAUAGUGUGUGUGUGGAGGCUGUGAACACUGCCGGAAGCGUGAUCAGCCCUUGGGUGGGCACUAGGACCCUGCAAGCAUCUCCGGCUGGCCUGUCCUCCAUCGCCCUGGAGCAGAGAGAGCAGGGAAGAGCCUUGCUGCUGACCUGGGACCCCCCACAGGCUCCCAACGGGGUCAUCACGAUGUAUAACCUGUACAACGAGGACAACCUUGAGUUCAGUGGUCUGUCUCGUCACUUCCUGUUCCGCCGUCUGGAGCCGUUCUCCUCCUACUCGCUCGUCCUGGAGGCAUGCACCCCCGCCGGCUGCACCCGCACCCCCCCGCAACGCGUUACCACGGCACCGGCCCCCCCUACAUCCCAGCCCCCGCCCAUGCCCCUCUCGAUUGGUCCAGACAGCGUAGAAUUAGCCUGGAGCCCGCCCGCCCAGCCCAACGGACCAAUAGGACAGUAUGUGCUGCUGGGGCGGGGCCUGGAGGAGGGCAGUGGGAGGAGCUGGGACGAGGAGGCCAUGGGAGGAGGGGUUCUGCACAGACAGAACUCCAUUCAGGGUUCCAGGUUCUCCCACACAGUGACGGGCCUGCAGCCCUGGAGCCAAUACCAGUUCAGCAUCCGCUCUGAGAACCCUGCUGGAUAUGCCCACAGCCCCUGGGUCACCGUGACAACCAGACAGGCCCCCCCUCGUGGACUGGCGCCCCCCAAGCUCCACCACAUUAGGGACCGCCCCUCGGAGCUCCUGGUGUCGUGGGCUCCACCCCUGGAGACCAACGGGGUCCUAGUGUCCUACCGUCUGCACAGAGACAACCUGACCUUCUCCUUCAGCCUGGACCCUGGAGUGCUGAGCUACACCGACCAUGGCCUGCAGGCCUUCUCCUCCUACCAAUACUCUGUCACUGCCUGCAACACUGCCGGCUGCAUCACCAGCCCCUCCGUGCACAUCACUACCCUGCAGGCCCCCCCCGCUGCAGUGGUACCUCCCACAUUCCCCAGCAUUACGGCCCAUAGCAUCAACGCCUCCUGGAGCGUACCACUGGUCCAGAACGGGGAAGUGACGCAGUACGUGCUGCAGGUCAACAGUGAGGAGGUGUACCGUGGACGGGGCUUACACGCGGAGAUGACGGGCCUCGAACCGCACACUCUCUAUUGGCUCGUCCUAUUGGCUUGCACUAAUGGGGGGUGUACCCCCAGCCCCCCCAUCCCCGCCAUGACCCAGGAGGCCCCCCCGACCGGACUGCCCCCCCCUUCUCUCAAGGUCACCGGCCCACAAUCCCUAGAGGUGACCUGGGAACCACCGGAACGCCCCAACGGCGUCGUCAAGGGUUACGAGCUCCGCAGGGACGGCGAGGUGAUCUACAUCGGCAUGGAAACGCGUUACCAUGACUUCACGCUGUUGCCGAGCGUGGAGUACGGUUACAGCGUCACUGCUAACAACAGCCGUGGCUCGGUGACCAGCGGAGUGGCCAAGGCUCGCACGCGGGCCUCAGCGCCCUCUGGUGUCAGCCCCCCAUCUCUGCAGCCUCUGGGACCUCGACAGGUGAGGGUGACGUGGGAGCCCCCAGUGCGUCCUAACGGGGAGAUCGUCAGCUACACAGUGUACCAGCGAGACCUCGCCCUCCUCGCCACGCUCAGCGUCUCCUUGGGACGGGAAGACAGCGCCCUCUCUGGACGCAGCAUAACACUGCAGGAUCUGAAACCUCACCACAGGUAUGAGGUGAGGGUGGAGGCAUGUACAGAGCUGGGCUGUGCCUCCAGUGACUGGGCGUCAGUGCUCACUCUCGAGUCACCCCCUGCUGGACAGAACUCACCACUGCUGGAUCUACAGACGGACCAACAAGGCCUGCAGACGGUCUUCCAGCUCUCCUGGUCCCCCCCGUCCCAGCCUAAUGGUAGAGUCCUGCACUAUGAGGUGUACCGCAGAUCGGAGCAGUCCACUGAGGAUCUCGGGGGUGCAGUGCUGGUGUACAGGAACGUUUCAACAUCAUGUCGUGAUGCCGGACUUCAACCCUACACAGCCUACCAGUACCAGGUGUUGGCUGUAAACUCUGCUGGUCACUCAAGUAGCCCAUGGGCCAAUGGGAGAACAGGACCCGCCCCUCCUGAUGGGGUGAACACACCCAUCUUCUUGCGUAUUCUAGCAACCUCGGCGGUGGUGGACAUCGUCCCUCCUGCCAGACCCAACGGCAUCGUCAGUAUCUACAGGGUGUUUUCUCGUCACCAGGACACACACACUCUGUUAUCAGAAGGGACAUCCCUCCAGCAGACUCUCCAUGGUCUGAGCCCCUACUCUAAGUACUGGGUGUAUGUGGAGGCCUGUACCUGCUACCAGUGCUGCAGCCCGGGCCCCCUGGCAGAGCUGCACACCCAGGCCGCCCCCCCCACGGGCCAGCCCAGCCCUCGCCUGCUCACCCUCACCUCCCGCUCCACACAGCUGGAAUGGGACUGGCCGCUCAACCCCAACGGGGUCAUCGAGAGCUGUGAGCUGCAUGUCCGCUCCACCUGCCCCCAUCCCCCGCAGCCAGUCCCUGCCCCCUGUGUGACGGGACCAGUGGAGACCUGUUUCUUUGGGCGAAGGCGGAGCAACAACGUGACAGGCCUUCAGCCCUAUACCAGCUAUGACUUCAGGGCUGCUUGUUUCAACAACAUGGGCAGCACUGCCUCAGAGUGGACCACAGUGACAACACUAACCGAGGCCCCCCAGUACGUGUCAGCGUUGGUGGUAGGCAGCAACCUGACCAUGGUGUGGCUGGACUGGGGCUCCAGCUUCUCCCUGCAUGGGGCCCUGAGGGAGUACACUCUGACGGAGAGCAAGCUGAGGAUCUACAGCGGCUUCCACACGCACCUGCACAUCCCCCUCACCUCACAGAAGACCCUCUCUUUCCAGGUGACCUGUAGCACAGAGGCAGGCAGUGCCAGUACUCCUACUGUCAGAUACAGCCCUGCCACUGGCAUAGGCCCACCCGAGCCCACCCCAGGCUGGGCCCCAGGGCAGCAGGGUGUGGGUGGGUCUGGAGGGGCGGUGUACUCGGAGCUGUGGUUCAUCCUGCUGCUGUCCCUGCUGGGGCUGCUGCUGCUGGCUCUGCUGCUGGGUCUGCUGCUCCACUGGGCCCUGAGAAAGAGCCCCCUGGUCAGGGAGAGGCCCCCCCUGGUGCCCCUGCAGAAGAGGAGCCAGAGGGACAGGGACCCUUUCAUGUUUGACACAGUGGCGGACUGCCUAGAGGCCAGCACCGUCACGUUAAAGAGCUUCACCUUGUACUCUGAGGGCGUGGCAGAAUCCAAGAUUGGUGGCGAUGGCUCCCGCUUCAGCCCAAUGUCCGUGCUCCGUGUGCCCAGCCAAUCAGAGCUCAACUACUCCUACUCCCAGAGUUCCUUGCACCGCAGUGUGAGCCAGCUGAUUGGUGGACAAGACAGAAAGUCCCUGAUGGGGGAUGGGGGCUGGGACAACCCCAUGAUGCAGGGGCACGACAGCGGGCUGUAUGUCGAGGAGGAGGAGGAGGAUGAGUUUGGCGAUGCAGUGAAAGCCUUCAGCUCGGUGAGGAAGGAGCACACCAUGUUCACAGACACACACCUGUAACUGGGGUCUGGAGCAAAACACACACACACCUGUAACUGGGAACCACACACACACACACAACUGUAACUGAGGUCACAACCUUAAGUCCACCAACCCACUCUAUGCCAACUGAUAUAACAUGAAAAGGAUGUUCCAUCUAGUAUGAGGAAGCUGGUUUACCAAACAUCCGCUGUUUCCUGUUCGAUUUGGUUACCAACCAUUAGCUGUUUCCUGUGGUUACCAGCCAUUAGCCGUUUCCUGUUCGGUUUGGUUACCAGCCAUUAGCCGUUUCCUGUUCGGUUUGGUUACCAGGUGUUAGGCGUUUCCUGCCUGCUGAAGUGACAGUGCCUCUCCCCUCUUCAGCCUGUACUCUACUGUGUGUAGCUGUCACCUGUGCCUCAUAGACGGUAGACACAGUGUUAUCUAGCACGCUUAAAGACUCAGUCUAGACAAGGCUAUUGUGAGGAUUUGUGAGGAAGCCAAUUGUUUGUAAUGUUUCAGUACAUCUCUGUAUGGUGUAUAUCAGCUAUUGCUAACACGGCAUCUGUUGUCAGUGUUUGCUAGGUGUUGGUUUUUAAUAAGUGAUAGAAUUGUGUCGAAGUACUUCCUAAUAAGAUGCCGUCAAUGCGCAGGAUCUCUGUUGUUUUGGUAUAAACAUUGUAUAUCACAUUGUACAUUCAACAUUGUAUAUAAUGUCUUUUUUUUUCUUACGGAGACAGUAUUAAUCAGGAAAAAGUAUUAUUUACAGUUUGUUUUUUAUCAUUGUUGUUUAUGAGAAUGUGAAAAGGAUAUUUUUUAUUUUGCAAACCAUACUGUCCGAUAACUUAUGAAAUACUACUUGUCUAAAUGUGUUUUCCCAUACAAACCCAUAGAGCUGACCUCCCGCUCUGCUACUUUCUCUCACGCUGUAGUAUUCUGUACAGUCAGAGUCGCAGUGAAUAGAAUAUACAAAUAGGGUUCCUUUAAAAGUCCACUGGGGAAUUUCGAAUGGAAUUCAAAUGUCUCUAUGGCUUAUAAUCAAUGCAGAAAAAAGGCGAGUUUGGGGUCAUUAAAAAGUGUGAUG